UUGGAACAGUAACCUGUUAAGUACUGAGCAGGGACUGGCAGCAGCAGAGCAGCAGCAUGCCCCUCCUCACCAUUCACAACCGGCAGAUCAGCUGGACUCCGCUGCUGGUACUAGGGUAUCUCUUUUACCUCCUCCUGGGCGCCACGGUGUUCCAGCUGCUGGAGAAGCAGGCAGAGACCCACUUUCGGGACCAGUUCCAGCUGGAGAAGCUCAAGUUCCUGCAGAACUACACAUGCUUGGACAGGCAAGCCCUGGAGCAGUUUGUACAGGUCCUCAUGGAAGCAUGGGAAAAAGGGAUCAACCCAGAAGGAAAUUCUACAAAUCCCAGUAACUGGGACUUCAGCAACUCCUUCUUUUUUGCAGGAACGGUUGUCACCACUAUAGGUUAUGGUAACCUGUCCCCCAGCACGGUGGCAGGGCAGAUCUUCUGUGUGUUUUAUGCCUUAUUCGGAGUGCCCCUCAACCUGGCCUUCCUUAACCAGCUGGGAAGAGGACUCAAUGCCCACCUGAUGACCCUGGAAAGAUGGGUGCAAAAGCCAGGCCGUGCCCAGGUGGUUCAAACACUGGCAGUAGCCAUCUUCCUGACUGCUGGGACCUUGCUUUUUCUAGUAUUCCCACCAUUGGUCUUCAGUUACGUAGAAGGCUGGAGCUACGGAGAAGGUUUUUACUUCACCUUCAUCACUCUGAGCACCAUUGGAUUUGGGGACUACGUAGUAGGUAAUAAAGAAGCCGGGCUCGGGGCCCGCCGGGCGGCACCGGGGCGCAGCCUGCGGCGGGGAGCGGGGCGGGGCGGCGGGACCAGCUGCCCGGCCCGGCCCCGGUGGGAAGGGGCAGGUCGGGGCCAGGCCGGGGGGGAGGCGCUGGGGGCCGGCCGGGCACCCUGCCCUGCCCGGCGCAGCCCUCCGCUCCUCCCGCCCCCGGCCCGGCAGCUUCUCCGGCGGCGGGGCCGAUGGUGGCGGCGCGGCAGCAGCGGCGGCGGCGGGGGCGCUGGGGGGUGCCGGCGCUGCUGCUGGUCUACGUGGGCUAUGUGGGGCUGGGCGCCGGCGUGCUGCAGGCGCUGGAGCGGCCGGCCGAGGUGCGGGCGGCCCAACACCUCCUCCGGCAGCACUGGGAGCUGCUGGGCAACCACACCUGCCUGCAGGGGCCCGGCCUGCAGCGGCUCAUCCAGGGUAUCAUCCAAGCCUACAAAAGCGGCAUAACCCUCCAGGGAAACACCACUAGCCUGGGCAGGUGGGACUUCAGUGGGUCUUUCUUCUUCUCCAUCUCUGCAAUAACGACCAUUGGCUAUGGGAACCUGAGCCCCAGCACUGUGGCUGGUCGAAUCUUCUGCACCUUGUUUGCACUCUUUGGGAUCCCCUUGAACCUUGUACUCCUGAAUGAAAUUGGGCAGCUGAUGCUCUUGGGGGUUCAGCAUUGCGCCCAUCGCCUAGAGGAGGUGUUUCACUGGCAG